AUGCCUCCCCCGCGACUUGCCUCUACAAGUGCUCCGUUUAAUCUGAUGCCUCCCGUUAAUUACCAGACGAUACUGCUCUCAUCCUAUUUCUUCCUCAUUCCUCCUCUUCCAAAGCUUCCAAAAUCGGCUUCACAUGGUCUUCCAACUGAAGGGGAAUUAUCCGGGACCCUACAUCGACCGGACUCUGUCUGGUUGGUCCCCCUGCCUAACCCAGAUCCAGCUGUCAAAGGAAUGCGUAUCCCCUCUCCGAUUUCGGCUUCCUCGAUGACCCUUACGGGGCUGUCCACAAACCGAGCUUGCUUUCCGGUUUUCAUUCGCAUUGUUUCGUCCAGUGGAGUUGUUUGUACUACUUCCCCAGUCAUGUCGCAGAUGAAUGCUGUCUCAGACGAUUAUGACGCCUGUGAGCUGAAGUUUCCGAAAGAGUUUGAGAAUGCUGAUACACUCAUGCUGUCGGAAGUAAAGUUACUCUUGGAGCACCGCAAGGAGCAAAAUGAGUCCGCGACCGUGCAUGAACUCGAACUCUCACAAGCAUUUACUAAGACCUUGAAUUACGCCACCCAGUUGUCGAGAUUCAACAACAGAGAAACAAUCGAAAGCGUGCGAAGCUUAUUGUCCCAGAAGCGGUUCCACGGAUUCGAGCUGGCUGCGAUUGCCAACCUGUUGCCCGACACCGCAGAGGAGGCCAAAGCCCUGAUUCCUAGCCUGGACAGCUCGCGGUUCACUGAUGAGGAGUUACAACAGUUGUUGGAUGAAAUACAAUCAAAGCGAAGCUUCCAGACCUGA